AUGGUAUAUUAUUUGCAAAAAUAGCCAAUUUAUGAAAAAUAGAAAGCUUAUAAGAAGCAGCUUUAACAAAGCAUGAGGAUGGUGUAUUCGAAUGAAAUUAGACAGUAGAAAUAAGGUCUACUUCCACUGACGCUUUUUUAAAAGAACAGAAUUGUUGUUAGGUAUGAAUAGGAAUUCAGACGUUUUGGAAAAUUACAAUAAAUCAGUGAAGUUGAUCCUACAAGAGCUUAAUCUUAUGAACAAAGAGGUAUUUUAUUAUCUUUAGGAAAGGUAACAUUAUACAAUAAAUGGAGAUUUAUGAAGAGGUGUUUUUAAAUUUCAAUGAAGUAAUUCAAUUAAAUUCAAAUUUUGCUAAUAAUUAUGAGAAUAGAGGUCAUAAAUUAUUCUAUCCAAAGGUUUGUUAUUUAAGUUUUCAAAGCUUACAAGAAUAGACCUUUUUCAGCCAAUUUGCUUCAAAAAAAUUAAUUAAAAUGGUAAAGCCUUAAGUGACUACACUAAAAUCUUAGAAUUAAACUCAAAAUAUGUUUAUAUUUAAAGAGGUAAAAUUCAUUUAAAUAGAGCUAAUUGCUAUAAUUAUAAGCUGA